UUAAAUCCUGCUCUUUGAACAAACAGCUGAAGUGAGGUUUAUAAAGCGCCACCGGCCGGCCGCUUCCAGAGCGUUUUCCUGAGGCGACCUGCUGCCAGCUGCCUGCAGGAUGAGCAGUAAGAUCAUCUUCUACGAGGACAGGAACUUCCAGGGUCGCUACUAUGAGUGCGACACCGACUGCCCCGACAUGCAUCCUCACUUCAGCCGCUGCAACUCCAUCAAGGUGGAGAGCGGCUGCUGGGUUCUGUACGAGAAGCCCAACUACAGCGGCUACCAGUACGUUCUGACCCGCGGAGAGUACGCCGACUACCAGCGCUGGAUGGGCUACAACGACAGCAUCCGGUCCUGCAGAACCUUCUCCUACACCAGCGAGGGUCCGUACCGCAUCCGGAUCUACGAGCGGCCCAACUUCCAGGGCCAGAUGAUGGAGUUCAGCGGCGACUGCGAGUCGGUCCAGGAUCACUUCCGCAGCCGCGACAUUUAUUCCUGCAACGUGAUGGACGGAUACUGGACGCUGUACGAGCACCCCGGCUACCGCGGCCGCCAAUACUUCAUGAAGCCCGGAGAGUACCGCAAGUUCAGCGACUGGGGGGCCACCUGCGCCUCCACCGGCUCCUUCCGCCGGAUCACCGACUUCUAGUCCUCCACCAGGUCCUCCUAGUCCUCCUCCUGGUCCUCCUAGUCCUCCUCCUGGUCCUUCCGGUCUUCCUGGUCCUCCUCCUAGUCUUCCUCUUGGUCUUCCUCCUGGUCCUCCUGGUCCUUCUUGUCCUCCUCCGGGUCCUCCUAGUCCUCCUCCUAGUCCUCCUCCUAGUCUUCCUCCUAGUCCUCCUCCGGGUCCUUCACCGUGUUUUAAAUAAACGAGCUGCUGCAGA